AAGAACGUGUGGUUGUUGCUGAACUCCCAGCUCAUCCACAGGACGGGCGCCAGCUCAUGGAGUGAAACGUCACCUUGGGUCUCAGAAGCGAGAGAGAGAUGGCCCAGGAAGUCAGCCUGAGCUCCUUCCAGGAAUCGGAAUGGGAGGUGAUUCUCCCGGUCCUGUACCGAGACCGGGCAGUUCAAAGCAUGGAGGAGGAGAGGAUACGGAAACUGAAGGCGCACCUGCAGCAGCUCCGGUGGAAAGGCGCGAGGAGCUCGGGCCAGGAGUACAGAGAGAAGUCGUGCGCCCGCUGCCGGCGUGCGCUGGGGCUGCUGCUGAACCGCGGCGCCGUGUGCCAGGGCUGCAGCCACCGCGUGUGCUCCCAGUGCCGUGUGUACCCGGGCACGCCCCGCGUCUGGAGGUGUACCGUGUGCUACGAGGGCAGAAACUCGAGAAAAAAAACUGGAGAAUGGUUCUUUGAGGAACGAGCCAAGAAAUUUCCAACUGAAGGCAGACCCGAGACGGCGGGAGCAAAGCUCUUGCAAUCUUAUCAGAAGCUGAGCAAAAUUUCCGUGGUGCCUCCCACCCCACCUCCACUCAGUGAAAGCUGGUGCAGCGGCAGCCCUGGCAGGUUACAGGAAUUCAGUCACCUCAAAGGAUUUAACAAGUCCGUGGAAAAUUUGUUUCUGUCUGUUACCACCCACGUGAAAAAGCUCUCCAAGUCCCAGAAUGAUAUGACCUCUGACAAGCAGCUCCUGAGCACAAGCCCCGUGCAGGGUGCGGCCUGGACGGAGAGAAGGAGCCAGUCGGACACUGCCAUCAAUGUCUCCACCAGGAAGGUCAGUGCGCCAGACAUCCUCCAAUCUCUCAACCGAGGGAGUCCCAAAUGCCCUGCUUACCCUGUGUUGGGGCAAGGAAAUCUCUUAUUCCAUCCAACAACGCCCGGCCCUUUAUUUUCAGGAGGUUCGAGACAGGGAAGUGUAAUUAGCAUUAACAGCACUUGCACAGAGAUCGGCAAUUUUGAUGAUGCUAACGUCACCGGAGAAAUAGAGCUGGCCCUUCGGUACGACUCCAGGUCCCGGUCUUUGGAAAUCUGCAUCGAGGCCUGUAAGAACCUUGCAUACGGAGAGGAGAGGAAGAAAAGGUGCAAUCCGUACGUGAAGACCUAUCUGCUGCCUGACAGAUCCUCCCAGGGCAAGCGCAAGACUGGUGUCCAGAAGAACACGGUGAAUCCGACCUUCCAGGAGACCUUGAAGUACCAGGUGGAGCCCGCCCAGCUGGCAACCCGGUGCCUGCAGGUGUCUGUGUGGCACCUGGGCACGCUCGCUCGGAGAGUCUUUCUUGGAGAAGUGAUCAUCCCUCUGGCCACGUGGGACUUUGAAGACAGCACGACACAGGCCUUCCGCUGGCAUCCACUGCGGGCCAAGGCAGAGAAGCAUGAAGACAGCAGUUCUCUGAACCAUGGCGAACUCUCGGUCCGGGCCAAGCUCGUGCUGCCUGCGAGGCCCAGCAAGCUCCUGGAUGCUCAAGAAGGGACAGGCGAGGAGCCAUCAUGUGACGGUCAGCUCUGCUUGGUGGUGCUGGGAGCCAAGGAUCUGCCUGUGCGGUCAGAUGGUACCCUAAACUCCUUUGUUAAGGGCUGUCUCACUCUGCCGGACAAGCGAAAGCUGAGGCUGAGGUCGCCCGUCCUGAAGAAGCAAGCGUGUCCCCAGUGGAAGCACUCCUUUGUUUUCGACGGGGUGAGCCCUGCCCAGCUGAGGCAGGCCAGCCUGGAGCUGGCGGUCUGGGACCAGGCCGCCUUCGGCCUGAGCGACCGCCUGCUGGGAGAGGCCAGCCUUGGUUCCAAGGAAGACCCUGCUGGCCGUGCUGGCUCAGGCUCACAGUCAAAGUGUCAGUGGCAGAAGGUUCUUUCCAGCCCCAACCUGUGGACAGACAUGACACUGGUCCUGCACUGAAGCCCAGGUGUCGGUGAGUGGCGGGUCCCAGUGGCACGCACACGGCUCGCCUGAGAAAUGGUGGCCACAUGGCGGCAAAGGCCCUCUGGAGGGAGAUGCGCCUCCACCUGCAGCUGGAAGGUUCUUCCAGAUCCCUCUGUGCAAGUGUAAGUCAGAGCAGUGAUCACUGUUACCUGAGGGAUGUGUCCCAGUUUCCAAUAAAUGCUGGUCAUCACCUCUGUUUCCCAGUGAAAUAUCAAUCAGUGAAAACUACAGCCCGGUGAUGUGGUUUCCAAGAAAAUAAAAAGGAGCCCAUCGCAUAUCUGAUCCCUCCCAUUCUACUGCAAAAGUUUCUGGAGGCAGGGCAGCCAACCCCAUGGAGACCUGGGGGUAGACUCCCCUCGAGGGUGGGUCAGUUCUACAGCUCCCACCCCAGGGACACCCAGCCCCACGAGGCACUGCUGCGGGAUGGCAGGGAGCCAGGCACACUGUGCUGAGCCUUGCCGCUCACGUCUGCAGUGGGGCUUCACCUGCACACGGCACCUUAACCAAAAACGACAAGGCAGAGCAGGUGAGGAAGGGCACAAAUGGGCAGAGCGGGAGCUGCUGCCACACUCACGGCCCCCCAGGGACAAGGCAGGUUCCUGGGGGGGCCGGCAAUCGCCGGGUCAGAGUGCGCCUUUGCGGCUGGAGUUGGAGUCAAAAGUGUGUGUGCACUUUUCAAACAAGACGUGUGGGUGGAAAACUGAACUGGCAGGAACGUUUGCCGCACGAAGCCCACGGAGAGUGUGAAAGGGCCAUUUUCA